AUGAGUUUUAAUAAUUGGAGAAUCCUUUUUGCUACAGUAUUUUUUGUACCAAUACUGAUCUGCGAUGCAAGUUCUUUUCAAGCAUUUGAAGAGUGGACCGCAGUGCACGGCCGUGUCUACUCCAGCGCUGAAGAACGAGAGCUGCGCCUCGCGAUAUUCAAAAACAACUUUGAAUUUGUGGAGAAAUUUAACAAGAAUGGGAAAGGUUUUACCGUCGGCCUCAAUCAUUUUGCCGACUUGACUACUGAAGAGAUCACCAACGGGUACUGCUGCAGAUUAGUGCAGUCUGAUUCGACCACUAACAUGACAAUCUCAGACAAUGUUGUUGCUGUCGGAAACAUUGACAACAUAUUUUUUGUACCAAUACUGAUCUGCGAUGCAAGUUCUUUUCAAGCAUUUGAAGAGUGGACCGCAGUGCACGGCCGUGUCUACUCCAGCGCUGAAGAACGAGAGCUGCGCCUCGCGAUAUUCAAAAACAACUUUGAAUUUGUGGAGAAAUUUAACAAGAAUGGGAAAGGUUUUACCGUCGGCCUCAAUCAUUUUGCCGACUUGACUACUGAAGAGAUCACCAACGGGUACUGCUGCAGAUUAGUGCAGUCUGAUUCGACCACUAACAUGACAAUCUCAGACAAUGUUGUUGCUGUCGGAAACAUUGACAACAGUACAUGCAGCUGUUGGAGUAAAUCAACCUUAAGUGGUCUACUACAUGCUAACAGCAGCAGCAUCGAUUGGGUUGAGUAUGGGGGAGUCACCCCAGUGAGGGAUCAGACAGAAGAAUGUGCAUGUUGUUGGGCGUUUGCCGCAGUUACCGGAAUAGAAGGAAUUUAUGGAAUAAAAAGGGGGAAGGACAAGGUGGUGCCGGUGUCCCCGCAGCAGCUUGUCGACUGUGACGAGUUUAGUGAUGGCUGCAAGGGUGGCCUCGAGGCUAAUGCAUAUGACUAUGUCUCCAAGAGAGGGAUCGUGAGUGAGGCCAGUUAUCCUUACAAGGCAAAGAAAGGUGAAUGCAACCGAGAGAUAUUAGAAAGUCUACCCGUUGUCACCCGGAUCAAUCGAUAUCACCAUGUGUUGCCGAGAGACGAGGAGACCCUGACAAGGGCUGUGUGUCGACAGCCAGUGACCGUCGGAAUUGAUUCCAGAAGCGCAGCUUUUUAUUAUUACAAAGGUGGGAUUUUUAGAGACGAAUGUGGCACUGAUUUGAUACACAGUGUCACCAUAGUCGGUAUCGGGAGGGACGAGUCUGGCACCGAAUACUGGAAAAUCAAGAAUUCCUGGGGCAAGGAAUGGGGCGAGGGAGGCUACAUGAAACUUCUCAAAGAUGGUAGCCCGAAUGGACACUGUGGCAUUACCAUGGAUGCUACCUAUCCAGUGAUCGAUUGAGUAACAGAACAUUAAUCAUUAUAUGUAAGUCUAUAUAUAUAUACACAUACACACAAACAUAAGGAGACUGUG